AUGCUUACCGAAUCGAGCCUUGACGCUCUAACCACUCAAUUGACUGGGUUUCGCAACACCAGCGAACAGCAGCACGCCAAGCUAGAAACCCUCCUUAAAUCAUACGAAGACCUACUCGAGGACUACCGAAGCCUCCGAAGUGACUAUGAGGAAGAGCGGGAAGUGAGGGAGAAAUACAAAAAACGGGCACGUGGGCAGGAACGCAACCCGUUCGUCCUCGUCCUCAUCGAUGGAGACGGCUACGUCUUCAACGACCACCUCAUCAAGAACGGCGGCGAAGGCGGAAUUGCGGCGGCGCAGGGUCUCAGCAGUGCGAUCAAGCAGUGCUUACUGAGGCUCGGUAGCGACGCCGACCAAUGCCGUAUCAUGGUCCGCGUUUACUCGAACCUUGCAGGCCUCUCCAAAAUACUUGCGCGUCAUGGAAUGGCUGGCAACGAAGCUCGUUCACUUGCACCCUUCGCAGCAAGCUUCACCCGAUCACAUGACCUGUUCGACUUUGUCGAUGCCGGUGACAAGAAGGAAGGGGCUGAUUUCAAGAUACGUGAGAUGUUCCGCCUCUUUGCGGAGAACAGCCAAUGCAAGCACAUAUUCUUCGCUGGAUGUCAUGACACGGGCUAUCUUUCGCUGUUAACACCGUACCGAGGAAGGCUUGAGCGAGUCUCGCUGAUCAAAGCAGCUAGCUUUAGCCCAGAAUACCUAAGUCUUGGCUUAAACGUCGAAGAAUUUCCUUCAAUCUUCCGGUCCACAAUGCUCCAAUAUCCAGGUGCAGCCCCAGCCGCAUCACCUGAAAAGGCGUCCACCGGCCAGGUGGCGAGCAAGUACGCGCCGCCAACUCCAGGCAGUACAAGUCAAACAGUGUGCAGAUUCUAUCCAAAGGGAUCUUGUCGGUAUGGAAAUGCCUGCAAAAAUAUCCACAUCGCGUCUACGCACAAACUAGCCGAGAAGCCAGUAACGGACUAUCGCACCGCCGAGUGGAGAAGCUCGACUCCAUCAACCAACCCUUACCGGCCCCCUAGUGCAAGGCCGGAGACGCCAGCAGGCCUCGACGACCCCCUGGCUCACUCUACCGCGCCGGAGCUGCCGUCUCAGACGCCGGACAAGGAGGGUCUGAUCCCCUUGAACUCGCGCGGAGACAGGCUAGAUUACUUUAUCCCUCCUGCUUCUCCGGGAGCGUGGCAGGCUUAUACAGCACGCGCCAAAACCCACAAGAUGUGCAACAAGUUCCACAUCGAAAAGAACUGUCAGGAUAUCAACUGUCCGUUCGACCACAAGCCCGUUGAACCAGAGCUCAUCCAUGUGAUGAAGGUUAUCCUUUCUAAUCGUCCUUGCCCAAGAAGGGGUGGGUGUCGUCGAGAGAUGUGUCCUGGGGGCCACAUUUGCAAGCGGCCCGGGUGCCAAGGCCCUGGUGAUCACUGUAAAUUCGCCGCGUCAAUGCACAGAGUGGAUACCGUUCCAUUUGAGUGGGUCGAGCCUGUUGGCGAAAGCGACAGUGGCAGCGACGCCGGGAAGGACACGACGCCCAAUGGAUUCACCAGUCCGACAGACGGAGGGGCCCUCAUCGACUUUGACAGUUAUCAGAAGUGGUGA